AUGCCGGACCAGAAGAGACCGGCCGGCCGGCGGGCGGAGGAGCCAAUGGAGGGCGCCUGCGAGAUCGCGCGCCUGCCGGAGGAGCUCCUCUCGGCGGUGCUGGCCCGCACGACCCCGCGCGACGCCUGCCGUGCAGCCGCCGUCUCCCCGGCCUUCCGCGCCGCGGCGGGCUACGACGCCGUCUGGGCGGGCUUCCUGCCCCCUGUCGGCCUCCCGCCUCUCGCCGACGGGGAGCCGCCGGCCCCCGCCCCGCCCUCGUCCAAGAAGGAGCUCUUCCUCCGCCUCUCCGCCGGCCCUGCCCUCCUCCACGACAGGCUCGUGAGCGUGUGGCUGGACAGGGAGACCGGCGCCAAGUGCUACAUGCUGUCCGCCAGGAAGCUGUCCAUCGUGUGGGUGGAUACGCACUGGGCCUGGAUCCCACUCGAGGACUCCAGGUUCUCCGAAGGUGCUGAACUCGAGGACGUUUGCUGGUUUGAGAUCCACGGGAAGAUACAUAGCAAGAUGCUCUCCCAAGACACAACCUAUGCCGCCUACAUGGUCUUCAAGAUGGCCGAUUAUUACUACGGGCUGAAUUUUCCUGCUCAGGAGGCAUCGGUCAGUUCCGGAGCAACCAACUUGACCCGCGAGGUUUGCCUACAAGCUGGCGAGGCGGACGAGAAAACGCAUUACGACGAGGGCGAUGACGAUGAGUCCGACGAGGAGGAGGAGGAGGACGUCGACGAGUACUACCGGUCGCUGACGAACCGGCGCAUAGUUCACGAAGAGAAUGUCACGCUCCCUCAGAGAAGAGCCGACGGGUGGAUGGAGCUGGAGCUGGGCGAGUUCUUGAGCGAGGGGGGCGACGACGGCGAGGUAUCCAUCAGCCUUAUGGAGACCAAAAGUGGGAAGUGGAAGAGUGAGAGAAAGAUAAGUGAGGGUUGA